CACUUGAUAGCUGCUGCGCAUUUGACGCUGCAAGUAGACGCGUUCGAGAAGAUAUCUACUGCUUCGGAUCCGUGUCUUUCUAACUCUUGGUUUUGCUCUUCGUUACUGUGACUCGAGAAAACAACAUCAACUCUUUGCCCUCUCUAUCGCCAAUCAUCAACUUCAAGUCUCUCUCCACACUCCACAAUCUACACAUCAUGGCUCUCCAACCCCCGUCGGAGCCCAUCGAGAAUCUGAAGGACCCCGGUGCACAUGAGCUGCCUGGUGUACCACAGAUUACUGAACCCGAGGAGUCUGAUGACCACUUCUCUGAUGCCUCAGAGGGCACUCCGUCCUACCCUCCCGCUAUCACCGGUCGCAACCGUGCCUUGUCCAUUCCUGUGACUCGUGUUGAGAAGGUCGACGACGAACCCAGACAUGGCGAAGUCCCCGGAACCGAAGCCUACAACAUCAGAUCCCAAGAUGCCGUCCCUGACGAGAUCGAAAUCGUGCCCGAUGGUACCAGAAGCCGCAGUACCUCGCAUGUGAGCGAGUCCGAUAGACCAGUCACUCCCGGUGGUACCCCUGUCCCUCAUCUCGUCGUUGAAAAGGUCGACCCCAGCGCCCCUAGCCACGGUGAUGUGCCCGGCACAGACGCCUACGACAUGAGAAGCGCCGAUGCUCAGCCCGACGAAGUCAAGCAGGCCCCUGCCUCUCACAGCGCUCCUCUUGAACCAUCACCAACUCCCAAUGACAGAUCUCGAUCCCCAAGCCCACAACUCGACCACCAAGAACCGUCCGUCCUGAUCACCUCUGAGUCCCAGAUUUCGCAGGAAUCACAAGAGACCUCCCCCUUAGAACUCCCCCUGCAACCCAAGACCGACAUUACCAUCGAACAACCAGUAGAGGAAAACGAAGACGACUUUGACGACUUCUCUGAACAACAAACAAAAAACACAGACCAACCCGACAAUGACGAAGACGGCUUUGGCGACGACUUUGACGACUUUGAAGAAGGUGGUGCAAACCAGGCCGAAGGGGAUGAUGACGAUGAUUUCGGCGAUUUUGAUGACGGGUUUCAGCAAGCAGAUGCGACUCCUGUUGUCGCGGCCCCUCCUCAGCCUGUACAGCAACCCCUAGCACACCUUCCCAACCUCAACUUUGCCGAUCUACAGACCUCGGACGAUAUACUCGACGCAAUGUCGCCGUACAUGCUCGAGCUCUUCCCCGAACUCUACGAUAAAGAGACCGCAUCUACAGACAGUACAGCUAAUCUUCCUACCGAUCCUAUCCUCACCGAUCGCAGUGCAUCGCUCUGGUCUCAGCUUGUUGCACCUCCUCCCUUGCAACCACCCAACUGGAUUCGCAGUCGUAUUCGCCGCCUCUUCCUAGUCUCACUCGGUGUACCCGUCGAUCUGGAUGAGAUUCUGCCAGCCAGUAAACAAAAGAAACUUGUUCUUCCCAACAUCCACCUUCCGGAACAAAAGAAAGAAGACGAGAAAGCGAAACAGAACGGUGGCAGCACUACAGGAGGAAGAAAAGGACCUGCUCCACCACCGGAGUUCAACGCCAAUGAGGCAGUCAUGCUUGCGAAGACGACUGAUACAGCAAUUGAAGCUUAUUCUGAUGACGAGUUGAAGGCACACGUGCAAAGGCUCGAAGAUUUGAUCAAGGAUGCAAGUACAGUGCUCGAGUACUGGGUUAAGAGAAAAGAAAGUGCUGUGGGUGAUAAAGAGGCAUUCGAAGGUGUCAUUGAGAACCUUGUCGGUUUUGUCAAAAGCAGACGGUGAAAAAGUAAAGACUAGAUGUACAGAAACCAAAGAUUAAAAGUGACUACAGACUUAUACCAGAAUUAUUUGCAGCCUUGCUCUCUCCGCACAGAGCAUCUUCC